AUGGCCGCCCAGGUCGCACAAUCUGCCCACUCUCAGUGGAGGGCGAAGAGGAACCAGGUCUUCCGGUCUGUGUUUCCUACUGAAAGCUCGCUGCCGACACCGCAGCCCAACCCAUCAGCGCCAGUUCCUGGGCACCACACAGAGCCGUCCACGAUUCUCUCCCCAGUCACGGCCUCGUUCCUCCUGGCUCCUCUGACGUCUCAGAGGCACCCCUCCGGCCAGAAUCCCAGCAGGGAUGCCACCAGGAGUGCAGAUGACCAGACCACCUUUGACCGUGCUUGGCAUACUGUCACGACGACAUUGCAGUUGCCACAUCCCGCGUCGGGCCAAGAAUCGUCCGGGGUUCUGCCUCCGGAGUUGCCAUUCCAGUUCCAUGAGGAUGAGGUCGCAUUCAAUGCUGCGCUUCAGGUGGUGCUGCAAGCUCGCCAUCCAGAGACUGGCCAUGACCACACCAUCCUGGCCUGGCAUAGCCAUCAAGCUAGACGGCACUUUAUCCAGCAUGUCGACCCUUUACUGGCCGCGACAUCUGCCACGGGCAAAUUGAGGGUCCAGAAUGAGACGGCUUCGUACACAGAUCAUCUGAUCGUCGUCGAAAAUGCAGUACACAUAUUGGAAGCUGCACUGCAGCAAUACUUUCACUCCCUGGCCUUGAUACUGCGCGGGAUAGAGCGGGGGGACCGGCCGAGGGCACCACCCAGGAGCUCAGAGACCAUUGUGAAUCGAUUCCGCCGGGAUCUGCAUGCACUGAUUAGCAACUCAGCUGGUCCAAUAUUGCCAUCGCUGCGUGUAGUGCUGGAUAUUCUCACAGAGCAGGCACUCCAGCUCCCCAAGGCCGAGCAGAAGCACAUCAGUCUCAAGGAUGUAAGAGUUGAUAACAAUCAAGUUGAUAAUGCACGAGGGCAGCUCUUGCACCUCGUGGGGGCUCUUGCACAGGUUGGACUUGCGGGUGAGGGCUUUCAAGGCUUGUUCGCCGAGGUCAUGGAUCGAAAUAUGCGAGAAUACGUCGGUCGGUCCUACGCACAAGUCUGGAAGGCGGCUCCAGUAAACAAUCGGGGCUUCCAUGGACUAGACAAAGCUGCAGCCAAGUCCAUGAACCUCACACAAGCAUCUUGGUGCAUCGUAUCUCUCUGCCACUGGGUAGAGAACCACUUCGCUCGCCUGGCCUUGGAAGUACGCAGUCGUACCGACGGCCAUGGCUCGAAAGCGAAGACUGCUGUGCCCCUGGCAGAACUUCAGCAGUGGAAAGAAAUAGCCAUAGGUCACAUUGCUGCAUUGCGGAUCUCUGAGCUGUUUGACAUUGUUCUCCAGUGGCCGGCCAGCAAGGGAGCGCUGGAUGACCUGAAAGUCAGUGUCACAACUCCUGAACGGCGACGACAAUUGACCGACUCCUUUUCGGCGGCGCUCCAGAAGCGACUUCUACACCCUGCCCGGUCCACACUAGACAUACUGCGAGUCUACAUCUCCAUGAUUCGCACCUUUCACGCUUUAGACCAUUCCAAGGUGCUCCUGAGUCGGGUGGUCUCUUCACUCCAACUCUACCUGAUCCAGCGAGAAGACGCUGUCCGUAUCGUGGUCACAGGCAUGCUCGCGGGUCCAGAGGAAGUGGAGGAGGCCCAGAAGGCCACGUCGUCCCCCAAGGAGCUGGGAUCCGGUACGGGUGCCAGCGGCAAGCUGGUCGAGCUUGCCAUGCUGCUCAACGACCCGGAUCAACAACGACGGGUGGAGAUUGACGAUGAAGACCUGGAUUGGGAUGAUAUGAACUGGGUGCCUGACCCAGUUGACGCGGGUGUCAACUACAAACGUCCUAGAUCCGAGGAUGUCAUUGGCACACUGAUCAGCACUCUUGGAGCUGAAGAUGUGUUCAUUAAGGAGUUCCAAACAAUCAUCGCGGACAACCUGCUCUCCACACAGACGGAUUUCACGCAGGAACAGAGGGUGCUGGAUCUUCUGAAGAAACGCUUCGGCGAAUCUGCUCUCCAAAACUGUGAAGUCAUGAUCAAGGACAUUUUCGACUCCCGCAAAGUCGACAGCAUUAUCCGGAUGGUCGAGCUGGGGAAGCCAACACUGGCUCCUCGCGUCUUCGGUACACCAGCACCUACCACUCCGUACGUGGAUGCCGGCCAACAGCUGGAUAUGGAGGAAGAGGAACAAGGCCUGCUACCCUACCAAGCCCGCAUUCUGUCUCGUCUGUACUGGCCAAAUAUCGUCCAAGAGACCUUCACCCUUCCCCGACCUGUCAUAGAACAACAGGCGAGGUACGGAAGGGGCUACGAAUGCCUCAAGUCAGCACGCAAACUCACCUGGUUACACCAGCUCGGCCAAGCCACCGUUGAGUUGGAGCUUGAAGACCGCACCGUCAACGUGGAAUGCAGAACCUUUGAGGCGGCUGUCAUUUACGCAUUUCGAGACGAAGAUGAUGACGGAAACGAAGAGCACAGAGGUCCGGCUCACCGGACCGUUCAAGAACUCCAUGAACACCUGCAAAUGGAUGAGGAGCUUGUUCUGCAGGGCCUAGAAUACUGGGAGUCCAAGCAAGUCCUCGCCCGUUAUCCCCACGACCAGAACACAUUUGUCGUGCUCGAGCGGAGAGAUCAGCCUCUCAGUCGUCCCGAGCUUCACCCCGCGGCCUCGGCGCCAGCCGUCAUGCAAGAUGACCACGGGGCACAGCCGGGGGGCAAGCCCACUGCUCUCAAGCGAGCGGGCACGACGAGUGCGAUGGACGCCAAAGAGAACGAGAGAAGGGCCAUGUACUGGCAGUUCAUUGUGGGUAUGCUGACCAACUCGAUGCCGAACGCACAGUUGGGGCAGCUGGCGAUGAUGAUGCGGAUGCUGAUCACAGAUGGGUUCUCCUGGAGCGACCAGGACCUGCAGGAGUUCCUCGCGGAGAAGGUGGAGCUUGGGGAGCUGGAGGUUGCUGGCGGCAAGUACAAGUUGGUCAAGAAGUGA